AUGAUAAAGGGCAUCGCUUCCUCCGGGAAGGUUGUCUACGUCACCGCUACAUUCCCCUACAUUGUUCUAGUAAUCUUUUUCUUCAGAGGCAUCACUCUAAAGGGAAUGAGCGACGGUCUUGUACACCUCUUCACUCCCAAAUGGCACACGAUUUUGGACCCUGUUGUGUGGCUGGAAGCCGGAACGCAAAUAUUCUUUUCCCUUGGCCUCGCGUUCGGAGGAUUAAUUGCUUUUUCAUCGUACAACCCUGUAGACAAUAACUGCUAUAGAGACGCGAUAAUGGUAUCGAUGACAAAUUGCUUAACUUCUAUGUUCGCUGGAAUCGUGGUGUUCUCGAUAAUAGGUUUUAAAGCUACGAUGGUAUACGAAAAAUGCUUGGACGUGAGAAAUGAGACGCUUUUGGAGCUGUUCGGGCCAGCUUACAAGUCCAUGGAGUUUCCUGACGCGGGGCAGAUGGUGAAUAUUUAUUUAAAUGGGAAUUUGACAAAGAUAAUCAUGCCACAGUUGCCUGAAUGCGAUCUGCAAAAAGAAUUGGAUAAUACGGCGUCUGGAACGGGACUGGCAUUCAUAAUAUUCACAGAGGCAAUAAAUCAAUUUCCAGGCGCUCAAUUUUGGUCGGUCCUUUUCUUUCUGAUGCUUUUCACACUGGGCAUAGACUCGCAGUUCGGCACUUUAGAAGGCGUCGUAACAUCCAUAGUGGACAUGAAACUAUUUCCCAACUUAAGAAAGGAAUAUUUGACCGGUGGUCUAUGCUUAAUAUGCUGUGUUUUGUCUAUGGGAUUUGCACAUGGGGCCGGAAGUUAUAUUUUUUUGCUUUUCGACAUGUAUAGUGGAAACUUCCCAUUGUUGAUUAUUGCCUUUUUUGAAUGCAUCGGUAUCUCGUAUGUCUACGGAGUGAAAAGGUUUGCAGACGAUAUCGAACUGAUGACAGGUACUCGUCCUGGUAUAUAUUGGCUCAUCUGUUGGAAGUAUCUUUCGCCGUUAGCCAUGUUGUCAAUUCUCGUCUCCUCAUUUGCCGAGUUGGCAAUGGAAGGUUCUGGAUAUCAAGCCUGGAUACGUUCAGAAGGGGACACAGUUUCAAAACCAUGGCCAAUAUGGGCUAUUAUUAUGGUCAUCUUCUUGGUUUUGGCUUCCGUGCUGUGGAUACCUGUGGUGGCUAUAAGCAGGUACUUUGGUGUACCGAUAAUUGAUGACGAGGAGCGUGCCUGGUUCCCAGCCGAAGAGCUCCGUGAUUUCCAUGGCAUCGAACCCCGCCCUGUGUCUGCUACGGAGACGUUACUCUUCUGCACCAGACCGGAUGGCAGUGAGGGUUGCUGCUGGCCCGGUUGUUGCGACACUGAUGACGAUGAGUAG